CAAUCAGCGCGCACUAGUCUGGGAGGCUUAUCGCUCCGCAGCGUUUUGUCUUGAAGUCUCAUCUGCCGCACGGAGAAGCGAGGAGUGGACAUAAUUCAUUGAAAAUAAUUUAAGGAAUUUUGUAGGGUUUUUUUUGUUUGUUUUCAAACAGCAGGCUGCAAGCGGACGAUUUUGGAGGAACGCGCCUUUGCACAUUUCUUUUCCGUGGUCGCACAUCUUUUUAUGUUUGCCUGGAGGGCGGGUGCAGUCGCGGCACAAUGAUCGAGAGACCCGAGUCUGCCGUUCCUACUAGCAUAGCUCAGAGAAAUCUGGAAGGCUACGUGGGCUUCGCCAACCUCCCCAACCAGGUGUACAGGAAGUCGGUGAAGAGGGGCUUCGAGUUCACGCUCAUGGUUGUGGGUGAAUCUGGACUCGGGAAGUCCACCCUCAUCAACUCCCUCUUCCUCACUGACCUCUAUUCCAAGGACUACCCCGGACCCUCUCAGCGCAUCAAGAAGACCGUGCAGGUCGAACAGUCCAAAGUUCUGGUGAAAGAGGGUGGAGUUCAGCUGACUCUCACCAUCGUUGACACCCCCGGGUUUGGAGAUGCCGUGGAUAACAGCAACUGUUGGCAGCCUGUCAUUAACUACAUUGACAGUAAAUGCGAGGACUUUCUCAACGCCGAGUCCCGAGUAAACCGAAGACUGAUGCCCGACAACAGAGUACACUGCUGCCUGUACUUCAUCGCUCCGUCUGGCCACGGACUGAAGCCCUUGGACAUCGAGUUCAUGAAGCGACUUCAUGACAAAGUCAACGUCAUACCCCUCAUCGCCAAGGCAGACACUUUGACACCUGAGGAGUGUCAGCUGUUCAAAAAGCAGAUCAUGAAGGAAAUUCAGGAGCACAAGAUCAAGAUCUAUGAGUUUCCUGACACCGAAGAUGAUGAGGACAACAAGCUCAUCCGGAAGAUCAAGGAGAAAAUGCCCCUGGCGGUGGUUGGCAGCAACGUGGUCAUCGAGGUGAACGGCCGGAAAGUCAGAGGACGUCAGUACCCCUGGGGUGUGGCAGAAGAGGGCAUUUUUGUUGAGAAUGGGGAACAUUGCGACUUUACCGUGUUACGCAACAUGCUCAUCAGAACCCACAUGCAGGACCUUAAGGAUGUCACCAACAAUGUCCACUACGAGAACUACCGCAGUAAAAAGCUGGCGGCGGUCACCUGCAAUGGUGUAGACGCCACAAAGACGAAAGGCCAGCUGACCAAGAGUCCCCUGGCACAGAUGGAGGAGGAGAGGCGGGAGCACGUGAUGAAGAUGAAGAAGAUGGAAACUGAAAUGGAACAGGUCUUUGAAAUGAAGGUCAAAGAAAAAAAACAGAAACUGAAGGACUCUGAAGCUGAGUUGGAGCGUCGCCAUGAACAGAUGAAGAAGAACCUGGAGGCCCAGUACAAGGAGCUCGAGGAGAAAAGGCGUCAGUUUGAAGAGGAGAAGGCCAACUGGGAGGCGCAGCAGCGCAUACUAGAGCAGCAGAAGCUGGAUGCCUCCAAGACCAUGGAGAAGAACAAGAAGAAGGGAAAAAUCUUUUGAGGUGUCUUCGAUUCUGCUUCUUCAGCACCACAAACUUCUUUUUAGAUCCCCGGGUUCUCUGCCGUUCAUGUGAUUCUCAUCUCUUAAGACACACACACAUCCGCGCACAGACACACGUGCGGACCCUUGCGUUCAGUUUCUGUUCCUUGAAUCAUUCUGUGACUUAACUGUAAAUUCCCCUUUACUCCGCGCACAUUGCAUGUCAGCAUCGCACACAUUUGCCCUUUUCACUCAAGGCGCGCAUGUUUCCGUUUUUUUGCGAGCAUGUUAAUGUCUAUAUAAACAAUAAAUAUGACGAGGGGGAACUUUUUGAGGUUUCCUCCAAUCUGUCGUCUGCGGGCAGGAGGACGAAGCGAGCGGCGCAGUAAAGAUCAGGACUUUCAUCCAUCUCUUCGUCUUGUCGGUCUAUUCUCUGAUGGACAGGAACUGGUGAAGUCGUCACACUUUGCAUCAACCACGUUGCACACAAACGUUCACAAAAUGCUGUAAUGUUGUCUAUUGGUGUCGUAUGGGUUGUUCCACCGCUUUUCGUUUGGACCAGCAUCACUCUCGCAGCCACCAACGCAACUUCGCUGCAGACAGGUGAUGGACAACAAACCCUAGACGGCUGUCCUCGUCGGUCUUUGGGAAAGAGAGCGAAUGCAGUGUUUUGAGUGAGCGAGCAGGGCAUGUGAGAGUACCGUGCUUUCCAGCAGUCUGUAUAUAUGUACGGCUGUUCAUCGGAGAGUUUAUUUUGCACAGUGUUUUGAAGUGAUUUUUGAAGGGAUCGUGAGGAAUACGCAAUGUGCGCGCAUAUGGUUCGGAGUAAUCGCAGUGAAUCCAACGGAAGUUGGCAGUGUGUUGGAAAUGCUAUGAAGCUGAUGUCAAAAGUUUUCCAGUUGUCAGUUCCUACGUGUCACAGUUCGUAUUUGAUCUUUUAGUAUAUUUUAGGCGUAUGCGUGAGGGAAGUAUGAAGUGUAUGUUUUGCAGUCUCCUAGCUGCGGUUGUGGGUGAGAGCAAGUAGGUUCUGCCUUCACAUUUCUCGAAGUGGGGAUAUGUACCCUUUCCAGGGAAAGGGGAGAAAAAAAUAAAAACUGUCCCUUAUUUGCAGGCAUUUUUAAACAUGUUUUCCACCUUUUGGGUAUGGUUUUUGAGACAAGUUGAAUCAUUGAACAGAUGGAAACAUACAAAUGUAAUGGUCAUGAUGAUGAUGAUGACUAGCAGUGGAAAGUUAAAACACUUUUUUUUUUUUUCUUUUCUUUUUUCCCUCUCUCCCCUCUUGACCAAAAUCCAUCUAAACCAUGUCCUCAACCUCAGUGCUUACAGUAUAAGAAAGUAAAACAGCCUGUUUGCUAUGUUCCACAUGGGAUCUCAAUGCUGUGCCAUCUUCUUAUCCCAGCUUACCCCAGGGAUACCUCUCCGCAUGGAUCUUAGAAAUGUUUGAUUUUGUUUUUUUUGGAAUAGAAUAACUUCUGACUUCCUCCUAAGGCAGACAAGUAAGGAAAUGAUGAUAGCCCGGUGCACUACCUAAUUGUAGCUCUACAGGUGGUGGUAUCUGUUCUUCCCAUCCUGGAGGUGUGUGGAGAAAGUGGUAUGUAGCAUAGGCACCAUCCCGAGCGGCAACACGAGCAAGGACCGUUCUGUGACGUACCGUGUGUGGAUGUUGGAUUGCCGUAGCCUUCAGAUAUUAGUGUCGCCAUGGACGCAUAAUCACCACUGUACUUUGCCAUGCAGAGUUUCGCGUUUUCUGGGCUAUUUGUCGGCAAAGGAAUAUUGGCGACCAGUCAUUUCCUUCCUGUGAUGCACCAUUCUCAAGUUACCGGUGUCCAAUUGGUAAGACUUGUCUGUGACCUUUUACUUGCAUUCUGUUUUGUUUUUUCCUCUUGAUAAUUACCAGUCCUUGCUUCCGUAACUGUACAUUACUGGCAUUAAAGAUGAAAAAAGUUAUGCAAAAACCAGAAGUUUCUGGGUUCUUUACGGUAAUAUUUGUCUCAUUCCUGUCAACUGUCUACUGUCUUCGGAGGCCCCCUUGCUGGCAGUGUGAUAGUUGAAUCUUUUGCAUGUGUAACCAUAUGUACAUCAGGUACAACACAAAAUGACGUGUAUGUAUAUGUAUAUAUAAAAUCUUAAAUAUACUCUGUAAUAUAUUGACUGAUUUAAGAGCUUGACAUCUAGUUUUAAUCUGACUUGAAUCUCUCCCCUUUUUCCUUCCUUUUUCCAACAUAUGAUACUCAAAAUUUAUAAAGUCCCAUUAGGUUAUAUUGCAGUACUGCUUUGUCAGCUGUUGAAACUUGCUGCUUGUAGAAGGACCGUCAUGUCGUGGUGACUGAAUUUCCCUGCAAAGAAACACAGGCGGUGUCGUGAGGGCUGUGGAUCACCGACAAAUCAACCAGCGAAACGGCUGCUUCCGUUCACUAGAUUAACAGGAUGGGUGUGCGAAAUUCUGAGCACUGGGGUAUGUACAGUAAAUAUGGCUUCUAGGUAGUAUUGCUGUUGCAGAAUUUUGGGUAGAUAGACCUCUUUUGAACCCCCGUGACGCUAUAUGGAUGAAGGGGACCCAGAAUGAUUUAAAUGGAUCGUGCAAAUUAAUGGAUAAGUUUCUGCUGUUCUUAGAAGUGUCACAGAGGCAGUUUUGUUCUUUCGUCCUGAACCGGUACUGUGUGUGUGUGUGUGUGUGUGUGUGUGUGUGAGUGUGUGUGAACUUCCAGCAAUAACACAAGUGCCAAAUAGUAGUGAUGAAUUCCAAGGCAGCUUGGACAUGCAGUGCGUAGCCAGUGUCACCGCCGAGCAUCACUGCCGUAGUAUUUGUACCCUGCUAGAACCGAAAUGUCUCGGAAGCGUUUUGAGGGGUCCGCAGGUGUAUGGUGCGGUUGAGAAGUUCCGUAAGUUUGCCGUUAGGGUCAUUUUCCCCACCGAAUAUUAGCAGGAAAGGUAUCGGAAAAAUGUGGACGGGAAUGUGCCUUUUCUUAGUCGGCUGAAUAGAUAUCAAGAAGGUACAUUUUUCCUGUUACGUCAUGUUCGAGAUGAGUAGAGGAGUACAUUGCUGUGGUGUCAGCAGACUGAAUCGGCAGCAACUUGAGAAUUAUAGCUGGGAAAAACUUGGGCUUCCAACACAGAAGGAAGAAGAGAGAUGUGUGGAGCUGAAUCUGUUCCAUACUUGAAUUCUAAGCGGCGAUACUUCUUCACUUUGUCUUAGUCCCACCUACUGAAAAACAAUCUAUUGCUGUAAACUUUAUGCAUGACAGCUAAUAAUGUUCUCAAGAUGUUACUGUAUUGUGUCUUUAGGUAAGACCCUAGUGAGCUUGAAAUAGAGUAGGUAGCGUAGUAAUGACUGCCUCUUGCUGGAAGGAAACAGGUUUGAAUCCCACCACCUGCUGUAACACCCUUGAGCGAGUUAGUUACCCUGAACUGCUCCCGUAACAAAUGCACAGCUCUAUAUGGAUAAAUAAUUGUAAAUAACGCGGUAAAUAAACCUAACAUUGUAAGUCACUUUGAAAAAAGGCAUCAGCUAAAUAAACUUCUUACAGUGCUACAUGAGCACCCUUGCUCAAAGUUGUGUUUUGCUCUAAUCGCUGUAUUUGCAUCCUGUAUGCAUUUGCAUUUUUGGGUGAACUGAUUCUGUCUCUGUAUUGCUGUGUCCCAGUUCUGUCCUGUUGUCCAUUCAAAAUAAAUAAAA